AUGAUAAUCUCAGGGGUUGACUCAGGAAUUGGCGAAACGAUAUCAACACAUAGUGAUUUUAGUUGCUGUUUCACUGCUCAACAUGGUUUAUCAGCGGGCACAAAAGUAUCACUGAAUGGUCAAAUAUGUAGCAACACUAUCUCAACUGAUACCAAGAUGAAUAAUUUGGUUGAUAACAAGGAAACAACUGAUGUUAAUUUCGUAUCUGAUGAGUUUGAUAUAAGUGAGGCAGAUGCUGAACGAUUGACAACAAAUUUAAAUGAUGAAGAAUUUGUGGCUAAAUUCGUUUUAGCUGAACAAAUUUGCAGCUCUCAUCUGCCUUCAAAUUCUGUGUUCCAUAAAUUAACAGUAGUUCCAUUACGACGUUUGUUGAUUGGUUCUUAUAUUUUUCCGAUAAAAGGAAAACACAAAAGAGAUCGACCGAUAUUUGCGAUUUCGCUUUUGACCGAUCAGUUUAAAAAAAAGCAUGUAAUUUAUAUCGAUUUGAAUUUUAAAUUCUUUUUAGGCAUUAUCUCACGUAUGUUAUCAGUUUUAAGUCCAUUCUUUUUCAGCCAAGAUUGGUAUAUGCAAAGACAAGAAACAUUUGAAAAUAUGUUUUUAGAUAUCAUUUGCCGGUUAAAAGCAGCUUAUACUGUUGAAGGUACUAUUGAUUUCAUUUGCCGAAUAACAAAUGAAAUUUCCUCAAUUCUAAGUAUACUUUCAGUCUUAGAACGGUAUCCUUUGUUUCCAACUGAUGAAGAUAUUAAGCUACGGCGAACAUUCUUUUUGCUGCUAUCUCUCGGUCGAAAUAAAUUCUUGGCUAAAGCUAUCACCGCAGUUCUUCAAUGCAAGGGGUACUGUGUUAUACUGGGUGAUUGUCGUGAAAAAGUCGCAAAAAUGAUCAGUACACUUAGCCUUUUCAUCAAUGAUGAGUUCAAAUGGAGUUGCUUAAAACCGUAUAAGCACUUAUAUUCACCAUAUAUUCGGUUGCAAGCUGUCUUCAGAGAUGAGCUUCCAAGGAUUAUCACGGAAGGCACUGCUUGCCACUGGUGUAUGGCUAUUAUAGAUGUGGAUAGGCAAAUUGUCUGCGUUUCAGCAUAUCCAAAACACCGAUUGAUAAAACAAAUGAAGCAAAAAGAUGAUGCGAUUCAAGAAAAGAUUGAGGCAGAUGCUGCUUUUUUGAUUUCUCAUUUCUCAUUUAGAGAGCUUCGAAAUUGUAUUGCUGAUCCAUGCGUGCGUGAAUUUCUUGCGAAAAUGGAUCUUCUUCCAUUUGAUCACGAUAUGAGGAUUGGUUUUAUUCGACAGUUUUCGCUCUUUAUUGAAAAUAAGGCGAAAGCUUUGAUAACUUGUUUGCAGGAUAUUAGCAAGCCAGGCGACGUGGAUAAAAGAAGCGCUAUUUCUUCCAAAUGGAGGUUAAAAUCUGUGAGAAAAGCUCUGGAUUUGACGGUGGAUUCAACAUUUUCUGUUGUUGUUGCUGAAGCUGAUCGAAUUUUGCCCGACAUUGCUGAAUUCAUCUGUCAGUGCCGUGAAAUCAUAAGAGAUUAA